GGGAGUCAUCACAAGUACAGUGCUUUCACUGAAUGCCGCUGACGACCAAAAGUUGGAUGCGACCGGGAGCAGAGUCAUCCUCGAAAGAAUUCUGAGUUUCAAAAUUCAGAGGCUGAUACAGGUACUGUAACCGAUACACAGGGUUCCUCGCGUGAUUUGCCAAGAGAGGGCCAGACGUCGCGUGAAAGCCAGAAGAGCCGAACGCGCCAUGUCACGUCUCGUGAUGGUGACGAGUUCGCACUAUCACCCACCGGUCUAGAUUAUGGAUAUUAGAAAGCUAUCCAGGCGCUGAAACUACUCUUCAGAGCCGCAACUCUCAACAGCACUUUGUUUAAUUCUUUGCUGCUCAGGGCCGAGCACUACAGGUUCAGAGUGUGCUGCAAAUGGGAGUUACAUAAUCGCGUGUCGAUCUGGGGACGUGGCUAUGCAUUGGACCCAUCUCUCUGCUCCCUCUUCGAUGUGGUCAAGUCUCGCGCUCCCACAGACCCAACUGUGCCUCUCCGCAGUAUUAAAAUGCGGACAGUCAUUUCGCUGGCUUGCGUCCGGCACGCAUUCCAGCCAACAGCCACAAGAAUAUCAUCUCUGCCUGCGUGAUCGCGUGAUAUGUCUCAAGCAGGACGCGUCGACUCUCUUCUACCGCGCGAUCUUUCCGGACCCGCAGCCGUCCUCGUUGCAGCUGCCCUUACGACAGGCCGAGACGCUGCUAUGGCUCAACGAGUACUUCCAGCUGGACGUGGAUCUGGAGAAGCUGUAUGGGGAGUGGGCCACUCGAGACAAGGUGUUCUCCUCGAUGGAGAUGCGCUUCCCAGGGAUACGCAUGUUGAGACAGGAUCCUUUCGAAAACCUGAUCUCAUUUAUCUGCUCCUCGAACAACAACAUCGGCCGAAUAACGAAAAUGGUCCAAAAUCUCUGUCGACAUUACUCUCCGCCGCUACUCUCGCUCCCAGAUCUACAAGAGACGGAAAAGGAGGUGACAUACCAUCCUUUUCCGUCUCCGGCCGUGCUUGCCGCGCCUGAAGUCGAAGGUGUGCUGCGCGGACUGGGUUUCGGCUACCGCGCAAAGUUUAUUCAACGCACGGCGCAAAUGUUGAUGGAGACGCACGGGUCUUCAGAAUCGGCCGAGAAGUUCUUGAGGGGGCUCAGAGAUGCUGAUACAGACAGUGCGAGGGAGGAGCUCCUCAAGUUCAUGGGGGUCGGACGCAAAGUCGCGGAUUGCAUCCUACUUAUGAGCUUGGACAAGAGAGAGGUGAUACCGGUGGACACCCACGUGCACCAGAUUGCUAUCAAAUACUACGGACUGAAAGGUUCGUUAUCGGGAAAGACGGCCAUGACACCCAAACUAUACGAAGACAUCAACGGAAAGCUGGCUGCCGUUUGGGGAGACUAUGCCGGAUGGGCGCACUCGAUUCUUUUCACGUCCGACCUGAAAGCGUUCGCCUCGUAUGGCCUCGUAGCACCGAAGGAAGCCGAUAUCAGCUCGCUUCCCACCCCACCAGCGACACCGAUCCCGCGCAAGCGGACAAGCGAGGAGCAGGACUCGCCGUUGAAGCCGAGAACAAAGCGACGCAAGACAUAGUUGGUAUGGACCAGUUGGGCACAUGUUUAUUAUCUAUGCAUAGACUGCUGCCUCAAUCUCAGCGUACAGCCGAUGAAAGGGUUCGUCUAUCCCCGGCAGCAGCUGGGUCCCUACCACAGCCGCGACUCCAGUUUCAACAUCGAACCAGUAUGAGGUGUUAGCCCAUCCGCCCCCUGUUCAUCUUAAUCAGAGGCGGCCCAUGGCCAGAAGGACGUUGUGCACUCACAAGCAGCAGAUCCCUUCUUCCUGUGACCGGGGACAUCUUCUGUCAUGACGAAAACACCGCGGCCGAAGACCGCUGAACCCUCGGGUAUGCCAAUGUACGGACUGGUAAACGCGGGCAGGCCCAACAUCUGCGGCAGUGCGGAGGCAGGCAUGGCCGGCGAAAUCAACAGACUGAGCGAUUUUCGCGAGAUGAGUGGCUUUGCAGCUUUAUCACCUGGAGGGGGAUCAACCAGAGCGAACUGUCCGGAGCGAAAUGCACGCACUGUGGAUCUGGAGCAGAUGGCGCAAGACGGUAAGGUAGUCUUUCUGAGAGGCAUACAGCCCUAUUCCACCAAAGAAUAGUUUUGCUACGACAAUUCAGCCUCUGGUAUCGCGACCAAGAUUAUCUUCAUGCGUACUUUCUGCUGGAUCUUGAGGCAUUGGAUGCGCUCCGGGCCACGGGACAAUGGCCCCCUCCGAAUUGCGUUGGUGAAGAGGGAGCAGUCUAGCCUUAGUCUCCGGUGUUAGAUGGAACGACGCAGUCGAGAUGCCGAGGGGCUCGAAUAUAUGCUCUUUGCUGUAUUGGUCCAAAGAUUGGCCGGAAACACGCUCGAUCAGGAAUCCCAGACAGUCACUCGACCAGCCGUACGCGACUGGAAGAAAUCGGUGAGUGCCACCAAAUUCUCCGCCGGGAGUGACUCACAUUGCGUGCCAGGCUCGAACCUGAGAGGAACGGCCGGUAGAGCGCCCUUUUGCGGGUCAGAUGACAAUACGAUCUCGGGCGUUCAGAAAAUGGCGCACCUUGAGCUUGUUGAAGAAUUCACUCGUGUCAUCAGACGCAUAGACAUCAGCGUAUGCUCGAGGCGGGAAAACGCCAGGCUCGGUGACUCCAUCCAGACUGUAAUCGAGUCCACUGGUGUGAGUGAGCAGAUGCUCGACUGUUAUUUUUGUUGUGGCGGGUCUGCUGGUCUUCGCAUCGGGACGGCCAUUCGCGUCCACGGUCGUGAUGAUGAUCGGCGCUGAUAGCUCGGGCAGGAUACACUCGACCGGCGUAUCCAGGGCAAUCUUCCCCGCUUCAAUGAGCUGGAACGCGGCGAUCUAUUGACGCCAUAGAUUGAGUCCCUGGCCAAAAGAGAUACAGCUGGCUCACAAACCGAAGUGAUCAAUUUCGUCUGACUGCAGAUCCAGAAGAUGGUCUCCUCGUCGAGUUUCGAUUGCGGCACAUCGCCGCCGAACCGACUGUAGAGUGUUCCUUCAACAUUCGUGAUUGUCGUAAAAACGGGGGGUAGAGUGCCGCCCGCAGCAGCAUUCGACUGCGACCCGGAGUUGAUGAACGGUCAGGAAACAGCUCACUGGACACAUACCAAGAUACUGUCCAGAGCGGCCGCCUUUCCUUCGGGUAGAGAGAACAUGGUUGAUGAAGCACUGCUCGUAUAGCAAGCCUUUUAUGAGGAGCUGAUAAGGACCAAGGUGUCGGUGAGUAA